CGCUCUCCGUUCUCACAGAGCGCUGUAUUGAGUGUUUGCAUUGUGUCUGAACCGCCGGAGAGCUUUAAAAAAUAUACCAACAGCAGCAAUGUCGGGCAGGUCAGUUCGCGCGGAGACCAGGAGCAGAGCGAAAGAUGAUAUCAAACGGGUUAUGGCCGCUAUUGAAAAAGUACGAAAAUGGGAGAAGAAAUGGGUAACGGUUGGAGACACGUCCCUCCGAAUCUUCAAGUGGGUCCCUGUAACAGAGCCCAAGACUGACGAGAAGAGCAAGAGCAAGAAGAAAGGGAAAGAUGAGAAGUGUGGCUCGGAGGUCACGACCCCGGAGAACAGCUCCUCUCCUGGAAUGAUGGAUAUGCAUGAUGAUAACAGCAAUCAGAGCUCCAUCGCAGACGCCUCUCCCAUAAAGCAGGAGAACAGCAGCAAUGCAAGCCCAGCCCCAGAGCAGGUCACUGCUCCCCAGGGAGAGAGUACCGAAGCCAAGCCUGAAGAGAUCCAGCCCUCUGCAAAGGACCAGACCAGCCCAGAGGCAGGCAAGAAUCCCAACUCGUUAGAAAACUCUGGAAGUAGCUCAGAAAAGGCAGAAGCACAGCCUUCGGGAGACAAAGAUUCCUCCUCAGAUAUAGCCAAAACCACUCAGUCAUGCAAACUAACUGCAGGUUUUCCACCUUGGGAUUUUGAAGGAAUCUAAGGUUCAUACUGAGACAGCCCAGCCCGUCUUUGAGGAGAGUUAAACUGUUGGAAGGGUUUCCCUGCAAGGCACACUAACUGGGUCCCCGAGGAGCCACAAUCGUUCUGGAAAUUCUCUCCUACUUGCCAAGAACAAACUUGUCUUCUCCGUGAUGGCCAGCUCCAGUCCCUACACCAUCGGGAACGACGGGAAGAACAUCACCUGUGAAAGUAGAUGCUGACGAUAUUCAAACGUAACGUUUCUUCUCCGCGUUCCUUUUCCUUUUUGAAAUGGUUUGAAGUCCGCUGGAGGGUCUGCGCACUGUUUUUAAAUGUCAAGAUCACAGUUUAUUCUGCUGCUAUAGCAGGGCUGGAAAUUAGACUCCCAUUGCAUGGCAGUUUGAGCCAUUCCUGGUUUUACUACGAGUUCAGCAGAACACACC